AUGACGACAAUUGUGAGAAUACUACGACGUGGGUUGAAGACUAUCCACACACCAGUUCAUUCCCUCAAUGAUCAAAAAAUUCGUCAGCAACUGAUCUCUGGGAUAGGCAGACUAAAUCAGAUUUUGGAGAGCAGUUAUAACCAUCGAAAUAUACUUCAUAAGGGCAAAUACAAGACAUACCCACAAUUUGUUUCAUCAAAAGAUAAUGUUAGGUUUCAGAAGGUUAUUAGGGAUUAUUUGGAUUCAUCUGCAGUCAAUGAGAUAAAAAGUGGUAAUACUGGUAAAGAUUUUGAUUCUAAGUUAGCAACCAUAGGGCUGAAUCUUUUUAUGGAUGUAAAUGGUGCCAAUAUAAAUCCACUUGCAAGUUUGUUAACUUAUGAAAUGUUGAGUCAUUAUAACAAAUAUCCCGAGAAAGAAACCAUUGAGGGGUUUGAGCUGGCUAUCAAUACAGUUAGACAAUUCCUAAGAGAGAAUAAGAUACCUGUCACUUCUCCAGAUGAUAUACUAACUUUAGUGGGAAGACUAGUGCACGAUGUAAGAGAGUUUGAAACCUCCAAAGAAAUAUUAGAGGCGUUAAACUAUAAUCUAAAUUCAGAUGAUAUUGUUAGGGUAGUAAAAGGGAAUAAAACUUUUGAUGAGGUUGAAUUCAGUAAAGGAUGUAGAUUGAGCUCUGGUGUUAUCGAUAAGAAUGAACUCUAUUUACGCUCUCUUGAUCUUCCACAGAAAAAGUUAGUGUCCAUUGAUCAGCAAAUGUGUGUUCUAGUAUAUGAUGGAACAUUAAGGGAAGCUAAUAAAAUUUUACCCACAUUGCAUUACUUACAAAAAAUGGACAAGAAGCUUCUUCUUUUAGUGACUGGUGAAUGUGUAGGUGAUGCUUUAACAGCAAUAACUAUCCAUAAUAAUAAAUGCAAAAGGCAACAAAAGAAUCACAGAACGAUCAUAAUAAAUUAUUAUUCAAAGGACUACGGCAACAAAUCAAUUCAAGAAAAUACAGAUUUGCAGGAAUUUUUGAAGCUUCCUGAAGGCAUUGACAGCAUAUAUUCACCCCAUUUCAGUAAUGAAAUUCCCAGUAAGAUAUGCGCUGAUAAAUAUUACGGUUCGAUAGAAUCAUUAAAAGCUACCACUGGUGAAUCAUAUUUGUAUAAUGAUGAUUUGCCCGAGUCAUUGAGAGAUAAGGAAUCACAAUUUUUGAAGCAAACGGUGACAUUGCAUGUUGGUGGCUACAAUGAGUUUGAAAUUGAGCAAAGAAGAAAUCAGAUGGACAAUUUAUUCAACAAUUUUCUUUGCCGCGCUAUUGCGGAUGGGUUUAUUCCCAAUAAUGGCUCUGCCCUCUGUAAGUCCAUUCCUCACUUGGCAGAACUAACCAAAUCGUCAAGCAGUGAAUCAUUAUUAACCAAAUCUGCAGUUUCAGCCAUAAUGUCAAUUAUACGUCAAUAUUCGGAGAGAUCAAUUAUAAACCAAGAAGGCUUGUCAAAGUUUGAGGCUGGGGAUAUUAUCAGCGAGAUAACGAAUUUGACAGACUUUAAAUUGGUCAAAACAAGCAUUCAGGAAAAACCUAAAGAUUGUAGCGCCAUUGGACUUGUUGAACCUUGGAUAACCACUGAUUUGACUUUGAGAAAUGCCUUAAACUACACCAGAUUACUUGCCAGUUGUAACACAGCUAUUUCUCUUAUCUUGGAAAAGCCAAAAAAGAAAUAG